GCAAGCUCCGCAGGUCCUGCACGCUUCUGGUUCUGAAACAGACUCAGAAAGAACUCACCAUGGUGCUCUCUCCUGAAGACAAGAACCACGUCCGUAGUACCUGGGACAAGAUUGGCGGCCAUGGUGCGGAAUACGGUGCGGAGGCCCUAGAGAGGAUGUUCACCAGCUUCCCCACCACCAAGACCUACUUCCCUCACUUCGAUGUAAGCCACGGCUCCGCCCAAGUCAAGGCUCAUGGCAAGAAGGUGGCUGAUGCCCUGGCCAACGCCGCGGGCCACCUCGACGACCUGCCCGGUGCCCUGUCUGCUCUGAGCGACCUGCACGCCCACAAACUGCGUGUGGACCCCGUUAACUUCAAGCUCCUGAGCCACUGCCUGCUGGUGACCCUGGCCAACCACCACCCGGCCGAAUUCACCCCCGGGGUGCAUGCCUCCCUGGACAAAUUCCUGGCCUCUGUGAGCACCGUGCUGACCUCCAAAUACCGUUAAACUGGAGCCUCAGGGCCCGCCCCUUGCCGGGCUUGCCUUCCUCCCCUCCUCGCACCUGUACCUCUUGGUCUUUGAAUAAAGUCUGAGU